CGGGCGGCGGUCAGCGCGGGGGACAUCCGCAUCCCGAUGCCAGGAAGGUACAGCCCGAGAAGACUCAUCCUGCAGUCGCACAACUAGGAGAUGGCGGGGCCGGGAUUCGAAUUUGCACUAGCCAUUCUGCACAAGUGAAGAAGCGGCUACCAUGGCGCAGACCCUGCAGAUGGAGAUCCCGAACUUCGGCAACAGCAUCCUCGAGUGCCUCAACGAGCAGCGGCUGCAGGGCCUGUACUGUGACGUGUCGGUGGUGGUCAAGGGCCACGCCUUCAAGGCCCACCGCGCCGUGCUGGCUGCCAGCAGCUCCUACUUCCGGGACCUGUUCAACAGCAGCCGCAGCGCCGUGGUGGAGCUGCCGGCGGCCGUGCAGCCCCAGUCCUUCCAGCAGAUCCUCACGUUCUGCUACACAGGCCGGCUGAGCAUGAACAUGGGCGACCAGUUCCUGCUCAUCUACACGGCCGGCUUCCUGCAGAUCCAGGAGAUCAUGGAGAAGGGCACCGAGUUCUUCCUCAAGGUCAGCUCCCCGAGCUGCGACUCGCAGGGCCUGCACGCCGAGGAGGCCCCGUCCUCGGAGCCCCAGAGCCCCGUAGCCCAGACGUCCGGCUGGCCCGCCUGCAGCACGCCGCUGCCCCUCGUGUCGCGGGUCAAGACAGAGCAGGAAUUGGACUCGGUGCAGUGCACGCCCGUGGCCAAGAGGCUGUGGGACAGCAGCCAGAAGGAGGCCGGGGGGGCCGGGGGCGGCAACGGCAGCCGCAAGAUGGCCAAGUUCUCUGCUCCAGACCUGGCCCCCAACCGGACGCCAGUGGCCGUGGCCGCGGCGACGGUGGCAGUGGUGGCAGUUGGGGGCGGCGUGAGCGGGCCCAGCACGUCGGAGCGGACCAGCCCCGGCACCUCCAGCGCCUACACCAGCGACAGCCCUGGCUCCUACCACAACGAGGAGGACGAGGAGGAGGAUGCGGGCGAGGACGGCUCGGACGAGCAGUACCGGCAGAUCUGCAACAUGUACACCAUGUACAGCAUGAUGAAUGUCGGCCAGACAGCCGAGAAGGUGGAGGCCCUCCCCGAGCAGGCGGCCCCGGAAUCCCGCAGUCGAAUCCGGGUGCGGCAGGACCUGGCGUCUCUUCCAGCCGAGCUCAUCAACCAGAUUGGCAACCGCUGCCACCUGAAGCUCUACGACGAGGGCGACCCCUCGGAAAAGCUGGAGCUGGUCACAGGCACCAACGUGUACAUCACAAGGGCACAGCUCAUGAACUGCCACGUCAGCGCAGGCACGCGGCACAAGGUCCUGCUGCGUCGGCUCCUGGCCUCCUUUUUUGACCGGAAUACACUGGCCAAUAGCUGUGGCACUGGCAUCCGUUCUUCCACCAAUGACCCCAGACGCAAACCACUGGACAGUCGCGUCUUGCACGCCGUCAAGUACUACUGCCAGAACUUUGCCCCCAACUUCAAGGAGAGCGAAAUGAAUGCCAUCGCGGCUGACAUGUGCACCAACGCCCGCCGUGUGGUGCGCAAAAGCUGGCUGCCCAAGGCUAAGCCCCUUCACCUGACGGAGGGUGAGGCCUACAGUAGCCUCAUCAGUGACACCAGUAGUUUCAUCGGGGACACUGGCAAGAUAGAGCCGGACAUGAUGGGUAUGGAACACAGCUUCGAGACGGCCAGCCAUGAUGGUGAGGCUGGCCCCUCCACGGAGGUUCUCCAGUAACCACGGAUGUCACACUCCCCUUCCUGUCACACCCCUGCCCACCACUUGGUCACAAGCUACUGUCUCUCCUGCCCUGGUCCCCCGGGGGCUGCUGCAUGCUCCCGGCCCCUCUGUCUUCCCAUUCCACACCUUCCCCAAAGUAAGCCAGGCUGGGUGGGGAGAGGACAGGUGCCUUCCUCAGCACACUCAUGCAAUGGGGAGCCAUGGUUCCCCUAACUCUUGGUAGGCAUUUCCCAGCACCAGCCUGCUGGGGGAGGGGCAGGCCUGCUCCCUGGGGAGGCCCCACCCUGGGCCGCCUGGGGGCAGUAUUCCUCAGCCCCUGUCCUUGGGACUCCAGGGUUCUCAGGACCCCUCCCACCACCUCCCAGUGCUUCCACUUCUCCAAAAGCGCCUUCCUGUCCCUCUUGUCUGUCCCUGCGCCUUGGAGCUGGGGUAGGUGAGGCCAAGAGGGACUGGCCACUUUACAACUGAGGAAACAGGCCCAGAGAAGGCUCAGAAAUUCCAAGGUGGCUGGCGGUGGUGGCCCCCGUCGUGUUCCUCCCAAUCCCAUGCCUCACCCUGCGCCCUGCCUCUGGGUCCCCUGGGGCCUGAGAGAGGCUGGCCCCAAAUGAGCGGGACUCCUGCGGGCAGACAAGGGUCUCAGGACAGGUUUCCGGGCUUGCAGAGCGCGUGUGUGUGUGUGUGUGUGUGUGUGUGUACGCGUGCGUGUGUGUAAAUGAUCACUUUCAGAAACAGGAUAGGAAGGCCAGGUCAGAACUGGGGAGCCGGCUGGAGGACUCCUGUCCUCCUCGCACCCCCUCCGCCCGCCCCUGGGCAGGGCUCCUAGCCCCCACCCCUGUACAUACUUUUUAAAACGUUUUUUUAACGAAUGAAAUACUGAAGUAUAAGAUUUCUUUUAUUUUUCAAACCAAGGGACUGUCUUGAGGUCCCCCUGGAUCCCUGGGUGGGAGCUGUAGAAAGCAGGAUGGGGCAGAAUGAAUGUGUGUGUGGGUGUGGAAUGUGGGUGCAUGUGUCUCCCCCAGGGCUCUACUGAGGGUGUCCCAGGUUGGCUGAGCCUGCUCUUCGGGAGGUGGGGCAGGGCAGGGCAGGGCAGGGCCCACAUCCAUGGUUAGAAGUGGUUUGUGGAAUUUUCUCUCCACUCCUUUUUUUUCUAGCUCUCUCCCAGAGCAGGUGUUCUUGGGUUUUGAGUUGUGCGCGUGUUGGGGUUUUUGUUCAUUGCUCCCCUUCCCCCAUCGAGUGUCACUUCACCAUCUUACGGUUUCUUUCUAGCCCUGACCUCCCUGCCUCCUCUCUUCUCCCCAACUCCUCGGCUUCCAGCAGCCGCUUCUGAGGCAGGUUGUAGGAUUGGAGGUGUGCUGUCCCUUUGAUCUGGAGACCUGCCCCCCCCCCAGCCCAGCAGCACCCUCUAACCUGCUGGGGUCCCUCCCGACGUCUGCAUAGUCUGAGGACAGGGGGUUGGUCUGGCCUGCCUCCAGAGCCUUAGUCCUGGGUGGGGGGUCGGCAGCCCUCGCUAAAGCACAAGCACCUUAGCCGCAGCCCUCCCUCUGCCCCCUCCCUCGGCCCGGCCCUGGUCUCACACCCCGCCCCAGCGCUGAUCCCAAAGCACAAGAUCCUGGCGGCUUGGCGAGCAGCUGAGCCCGGGGAGGCGGAGGGGGGUGGCCAGGGCUCCAGCCGGGCUCCGAGGGGUCAGGGCCCUGGGGCUGAGGUCUUUUCCAGAGGCUCCCUCCUGGCCCCUGCAGGGCGGGCUGGGCAGAACCCAUUUAUUUGCUCCAAGAACCCCAGGAGGGGCUCCUGGCCCCCGGGACUGGGGGUGGGGGACGGGCUGAGCUGGGGGUGCAGGGGAGGAAACUCCUCACUAGGAGAGCCAAAGACAGGGUUGUGCCUUACCCCGGAGCCACCCCUGCUCCCCUCCCUGGCGGUCAGCGUCGUCCCGCUCCUCCUCCCUGCCCCACUGAGCCGCAUGGUCCCCGCCCUGGGCAGCUAGAAGGGAAUUUGCAGUAAUCUAUCUAGCAGAAAAUGUGUAGGAGCAGACCCUCUGGCUGCCCUCCUACCCACCCAUGCCUCUUCCACGGGACAGGCCACCCCACCCGCCCACGCCCACGCGAAGUGCCAACGCCCUCCCCGCCCUGGGCCGAGCCCCCACCUGCCCCGGCCCACCAGUGAGAUUGCACAUUGACUACUGUAAGGAGAGGAGUGGCGUUGGGAAAUGUGAACCCGGUCUCAGUGCUGAUGAGGAGAAUAAACGAACCGCCUUUUUAACAGUC